AUGGGUCGCCUCAACCAGGAAGUUCCCGCGUCCUCGUCGCACUCACUCCAUUCCUUGGAUGACGCGCCACCACCCUACACCGACGAUCUCGAGUCCCUCCCCAUUCCGCCCGAUCCGCCUGUCCAGUCUCGCAUUGAACCCCUCCGUCUGAUCGACUCUGCCUACGUUCUUCCCGGUGGAACAGACAUCAGACCAUACGACACCGUCGCUCUCACCCUCGCGCCGAAUCUCUCGACCAACAGCGAUGAGCUCUACAAUGCCAUCCGUAAGCAGAUCAUGCUGCCACUGCGCCCUCUCCUCUACGUGAAAGGCUAUCACACCGAAUCAAGCAACAGUGGGAAAAAAGACAAGAACAGCAGCACUGUGACCGACUUCGAGUUCAGGCUGGAUCUCGCCGAGACCAUGCUGACCGGCUGGGAGGGCGGCGCGCCUAUGCUUGUAAACUGGAUGGAGGUCGAGAUCCUCACAGAUGAAGAUUUGAAGCCGGCCUACCGUGGUGGAAUCCUGCGUUCGCGAACAUACAAGCCCCCCAAGUCGCGCCAGGCAAUCGCCCUUACUGAUGACAGCGAUGCCCUCCUCGGCGAAGACGCCGACGCCGACGGACAGUUGAACAGGCCUCAAAGCGCCCUAAAACUAUGGUGCGAGCGGUUCUGCCAGGACCCGGCGCCCGUGAAAUCAUUCACACUGCACCGUCAACUCGGAGGCUUCGACUCGAACGCAAUGCGCAACGUCCUCUCUUCGCACAUCCGCGAACUAAACUACCGCGGCUCCCUCAGCUUCUCCUUCUCAACCGCCCACCGCUCCGUAACAAUAUACUCCCCACACUGGAUCAACCGACUGCGCACGAACCGCUAUGUCUGGUGGAUCGUAGUCAUCCUCCAGCUCUGGAUAAUCACAUGGCCAAUCAUCUUCUUCAUGGAGAAGCGGUACGAGAUCGCCCAUACAAAGUGGAACGCUUCGCUCAUGCCCGAGACCGAUUCUGCUUUGGUCAAGUGCUACGCUCAGGGUCGCAAUGAGUCUGCUCUGGCUGAGUACUGGGCUCCGGCUGUUAAGCAGGCUGCUUGGACUCGCCGGCGUGGUGAGGGUAGUGUUCUUACGAGGAUGGAUGUCGAGCGUGUGCAGGGAUAUUCUCUGCAGCAGUUGCUUGGUAUGCGUGCUACUGCUUCUGAUUCUGAGCGGGAGCGUAGGGAGCGUGUUAAUAAUGGUGCUGGUGGAUUCGUUGAUAAUGUUGUUGGGUUGGUCCGCGGCGUCAGUGAAGCUGGGCAGGAUUGGAGGAUGUCAAUGGGAUGGGGUGCUAACUGUUAG